UAACCGCUCGGCGGGGUGGCUUCUCCUUUGCUCCCUCUGCAACUAAAGAAGGCACGUGUCAUAACCAGACACUGUUUUUCUCAUUUUCUGAAAUGUAAGACGAAAAAGGCUUGCUACUUCCACCGUUCCACGCUCUAACCAAACUAUUCAGGGUUGCCACGAUGGCCGCUUCAUGCUCAACGGCUCGCGUCCCUCUCUUCUCUCUCGCCCAAGCCAAACUUUUUUCAUGCCGCCACGCCUUCGAAAACGACGUCCUAAGACUAAAAACAGAGCUGAAGUUCAGGACUCAUUUUCUUAAACCCGAAACCGUGUGCAAGCGAGGUGAUUCGUUUAAGCGCAAUGUGAUUAACGAAGAAGAUAGCGUGGAGGGGACUUAUAACUCCCUUGACGAUAAGCAGUUUGUGCGGUGGUUCCGUGAGGCUUGGCAUUACCUCUGGGCACACCGUGGCAGUACUUUCGUUGUUAUUAUUUCCGGCGAAAUCGUUGCUUCCCCCUUUUUGGACGCCAUUUUGAAUGAUAUUGCGUUUUUGCACCACCUAGGGAUCAGAUUUGUUAUUGUUCCUGGAACUCACGUGCAAAUCGACAAGCUUUUGGUCGAGAAAGGGCAUGAACCAAAGUAUGAUGGUAGAUAUAGAAUAACGGACUCGGAAUCUCUGGCUGCUGCAAUGGAAGCGGCAGGAGGGAUUCGUCUAAUGAUAGAGGCAAAACUUUCUCCUGGACCUUCCAUAUGUAAUAUUCGUCGACAUGGUGAUAGUAGCCGUUGGCACGACGUUGGUGUCAGCGUUGCUAGUGGUAACUUCCUUGCAGCCAAGAGAAGAGGAGUUGUCGAAGGUGUUGAUUAUGGAGCAACAGGUGAAGUAAAGAAAAUAGAUGUUGCUCGCAUGCGUGAGAGGCUUGAUGGUGGUUGUAUAGUAAUAUUAAGCAACCUGGGGUAUUCUAGCUCUGGAGAAGUUUUGAAUUGCAACACAUAUGAAGUUGCUACGGCUUGUGCAUUAGCUAUUGGAGCAGAUAAGCUUAUUUGCAUAAUAGAUGGUCCGAUUUUGGAUGAGAAUGGACGACUUAUUAAUUUCUUGCCUCUUCAAGAGGCAGAUAUGUUAAUCCGUCAACGGGCCAAGCAAAGUGAGAUAGCGGCUAAAUAUGUGAAAGUUGUUGGUGAAGAAGAUCUCACUUGCAUUGGAAAUAGUGAUUCUAUUGCAGUUGUACACACUUCACAGAAUGGGAAAGCUCUUAGUAAUACAUGUAAUCCAAUCUUUCAGAAUGGCAUUGGUUUUGAUAAUGGCAAUGGACUAUGGUCUGGAAAACAGGGCUUUGCUAUUGGAGGUCAGGAGCGGCUAAGUCAACAAAAUGGUUACCUUUCAGAGUUGGCUGCAGCAGCUUUUGUCUGCAGAGGUGGUGUACAAAGAGUUCAUUUGUUAGAUGGGACUAUUGGUGGGGUCUUAUUAUUGGAACUGUUCAAAAGAGACGGAAUGGGGACAAUGGUGGCCAGUGAUCUAUAUGAAGGAACUAGGAUGGCUAAGGUGACAGAUCUCGCUGGAAUCAAGCAAAUCAUUCAACCUUUAGAGGAGUCCGGCACAUUGGUUCGCAGGAGUGAUGAGGAGCUACUUAAGGCCAUAGAUUCAUUCCUUGUUAUGGAAAGGGAAGGUCAAAUCAUUGCUUGUGCUGCUCUUUUUCCGUUCUUCAAGGACAAGUGUGGGGAAGUUGCCUGUAUUGCAGUUUCUCCUGACUGCCGAGGACAAGGACAGGGAGAUAAACUGCUUGAUUACGUUGAGAAGAAGGCUUUCUUCCUUGGAUUAAGUAUGCUUUUCCUGCUUACAACUCGUACUGCUGAUUGGUUCGUUCGGCGCGGCUUCAGAGAAUGCAAUAUUGACAUGAUACCGUAUGAAAGGAGGAAAAAGAUUAAUCUAUCGCGUAAAUCCAAAUAUUACAUGAAGGAGUUGGUACCAGGUCGAAGUGGAAUUACUGCUGAUAGAGCGUUUAAAUGACCUUGCAACACAGCUAA